AUGUCGGCGAGUCGGAAAUUAACGAGGGAGCAGAAAGGGAAGAAGAUAGCGAGUGGAUCUGACCCUGCGGGAAUCGGAGGCGAGGCCGAGCGAAUCCAUCGAGAGGCGAUGAUGGAUACUGUGAAUAUGGACCGUGCGCAGAGGCUGUUAGUAUCCGAGUCGGCGCAGCUUCACAGGGAAGAGAGAGAAGGGACGGCUUCUCGGACCCGAGAGUGCGGGAGGGAUGGUCAAGGGGGAGCGAAAGACCGAGAUCCCGUUCCUGCCUGUAUUCCGAUGGUCUUUUUCCCCGAAGGAAUCUUCGAGGAACUCUCAGCCUUGCCUCCUGAAUUUAUCCGUUCUCCUGACGUGGUGGGGCAGGAUUGGAGCAAUGUGGAAGGAACUCGAUCGACAGCGAGCAGCGUGAAAAAGCUACUCCGGGAUUUCCGAGGGACCGGGGUGACUUUCCUGAUACCUUCGUCGGAUCAGAGACCGUGGUCUCCUCCGCUCGGCUAUCAGUGCGUCUACGAGUCCUAUUUCCAGAAGGACACCAAGUUGUGGUUCCCGAUUCCUAGAUUGGUGACUUCAUACGCGAGACGUCGGGACGCGGCGAUAAGUCAGUUUCUGAACGGAUCGUACCGACUAGCCGUAGCACUGAUGGUGAUGGCUGCUGAGAACGACGUGUCGCUAAGUGUUCGAGUCUUCGAGGAAUUAACAUCCGUUCAGACGAUGAACGAUGGGCUUUGGGUUGUCAAGAUGCGCCCGAGCUAUAACGUGGUCACCGGGUAUCCGAGCAAGACGAAUGACUGGCAAAGGCACUACUUUUACAUUAGGGCAGACGAGUCGGCCUUCGAGGAUCCUCCCAACGACGACUAUCGGGUCCUAUGGAACCCUGAUAUUGUUGACCAUCCGACGUCUGCUACAUACCCGGAGGAUUUUAUCGCGAGUGCUCGCGAGGUUGCUUUGCUUCGUCAGGAGAACUGGAGCACGAUUACUCGGGAGAGAAUUCGCAGGAGCAUCAAUAGGAUAUCGAGAAGGGAUUGGGAUUCCAGCAUUCCCUCGGUUGGCGUUCCUGGUAAAAGACGUCUCUCGCUUUUCACCACGCGUGUUCAGAAACUGAUCAACGAAGCUAGGAAGAUGAGGCCUCAACCGAAUUUGAGCGAGCUGAUAAGGGCUCAGCUAAGUCUUCCGAGGGCCGAUCCCCCGCGCUUGGCGGCGCCAGUUGUCGAAAGCCCCCCGCUGGUUGUCUCGAGGGAUGGAUCCCCGACUCGUGGUGGAGACUCUCCGACUGGGGAUCCGACCGUAGAUGUUCAGCAGGCUGGAGGGGGUUCCGAGGAUGCUCCGGUGGGGAUCAAGAGGAUGAGCCCGCCAAACAUCCGGGGAGUGAGGGCCCUCCUAAGAAGAAAAAAGAAGGAAGGCAAAGUCAGCGAAGGACCGCUCUCCCAGGAAGGGGCCAAAUCUCAGGAGGAUGUUGGCGAAAAUGCGGUUGCUGAUCCCUCAGAAGAGGCGGAAGACGCUUCCCCCGAAGCGCGGCUUCUAUUGAACAGGAGAAAGAAGAAGAAGGGUCCUAGCGAUGGAGGUGUUCAAAGCGAGGACCCGCCAGCUCCGGCUCCUACGAUGGCCAUGGUGCAGCCGUCGACUUCUAAGACUCCGAAUGUUCGGAGCGCUGCUCCGAAGAGAGGUCCUCCAGAGUUCCCCGAUAAAGUACGGUUCGAGUACGACGGGACGACCCCCCUUAUUUAUGCUCCGGACAAAUGCGCGGAGUUGGUGAGUCAGAUUAAUGGUGGUCCUCGCCCAUUGCUCCUGAACGAUCUUAUCUUCAGAAAAGAGUAUACCGAUGCUGCCCAAGCCAGACUUCGGAGCGACGGGAGCAUGAACUUCCUCGUAGAGUUGUACGAUUCCGAGCUUAAGAGGAAGAAAGCCGAGUGGACGGCCGAAACUGACAAGCUCAAAGAGAAGGCGUCCCGCGCGAUCUCUCGUCGAAAGGCUCAGAAGGAGAAGUUGGCUACUACCGAGGCCGCGUUGGGCACUGCUCAAGAGACCGUGGGGAUCCUUGAAACUGAGAUAGCCCUGAUGAAGGAAAAGGAAGAAGAGAUGGAGAAGGAUCAGGCAAAGAUCGUCGAGCAGCACCAGAGGAAGAUCGAGCACCAGGCGAGGGAGAUCGAACGACUGAAGCGUUCUCGAGUCUUCGAGGUGACGCAGGAGAGGAUUCGCGUUCAGACUGAAAUGAUCGCGAAAUGCAACAGGCGCUUCCGCAACAUCAUGGACCGGGAGAAGCGUCGCGGACCUUUCGAUGAUGCCACCGCCAUGUAUAAUCAGGCGUAUGGGACGAGGUCUUGCCUUGAGGUUCUGCUGGAAGCAGGCCGCGACAUUCCGCAGGAUACCAUCGAUAUGUUUGCGGUUCGGGAGAAGGAGUACGAUCAGGCAGCUAAGGAGCUCAACGUGGGAGAUAUUCCAGAAAGCGAUCUUGCUCUCUCUCCACUCGUGUUGCCCUCUCAGUUUGUCGAUGAGAGGAUGCUCGCCGGCCUUAAUACCUUCGGGUCCAACUCCAAUCUGAUCGACCCGAAAGACGCGGCUGCUCUUUCGGACUCGGUUGCUGAAGGCUGUGGAGGCCGGGAGCUCGGUGAAGAUCCUCCCCGAGAGGUGGUUUCAGUAGACGAUCUUGCUGGUGCUCCGACUCCCGUUGAUCAAACUCUGGAAAAAGAGGCCUUGGAGAAGGGGACAGUUUCUGACGUAGCCGAGAAGGGAUCUCCGAUUCUUCUCAUGUCGGACUCCUCUGCUGAGGAUCAAGCGAACGAUCAAAGCGAGGAAGAGGUUGAGGACCAGGGGGUUCUCUCCAAUCAGGAACAAGGAGAUGGUACCGAUCUCGAGGCGCCAGCGGAACCGAGUGGACGAGGUGAAGACGAGGAACGUGGAUCCGGAGGGCAGAGGACGGAGGCUCAGAGGCCCGAGGAGCAAGGACCGGAUGCGACUGAGGAUCCUGCUGAGGAUUGA